UGCAAAUUGCAAUUUGCAUUUCACAACAUUCCACCAAGUACCUGAACUGUCAGCUGAUUGCAAAAGCCAAAAUGAACACUGAUACAGAAUUACCAACAAAACUUCCAGCAGUUCCUGAAGCUGUUUUAAAAAGGAGGAUUCGUCGGAACAAAUACAAAUCCACAAGGAUUCAAGUUUCCCUAAAGGCUCGUGCAGCAGGGUAUAAAAAAAGAACCAAUACUUUUAAACGGGCUGAAAAUUUAGUUAAAACUUUUCGGUUGAAAGAGCGAGAUGAGAGAAGAAUAAAAAGACAAAUCAGAAAAAAUGACAACACCAACACUGCAAACAAUCGCGUUGCCUUUGUGAUAAGGACCAAAGGAGAAAAUAAAAUGGCGUCAAUUGCCAAGAACAUUUUGAUUCGCCUCAACCUUAAAGUUAUAAAUAGUGGACGAUUUAUUUUGUUAACAGAAGCCACAGUAAACAUGCUACGUGUUGUUGAGCCAUAUGUUACCUGGGGAUGUCCAGAUCUCAAGUCUGUUCGUGAUCUUAUUUUUAAACGAGGUUUUGCAAAUGUUGAUAAAAAACGUUUACCAAUUAAUGGAAACACUCUUAUUGAAGAAAAACUUGGUCAAUUUGGCAUCAUAUGUAUUGAAGAUUUGGUUCAUGAAAUAUUUACUGUUGGUAGUAAUUUCCAAAAAGUCAACACUUUCUUGUGGCCAUUUAGGUUAAACACACCAGCAAAUGGCUGGAGAGAAAAGCUCAAGCACUUUAAUAAAGGUGGACGUUAUGGUGAUCGAGGAGAUGAAAUAAAUGAACUUAUUUCAAGAAUGGUUUAA